AUGGACGAGGUCUUCAAGACGAGGACCUCGGGUCCGCAGAGCGGCGUGAUAGAUACUGCUGCUCUGGCACCACAUAUUGUCUUCGUCGCCCUCCUCGUGAUAGACCUGACACGGACACUGACCACACUUUCAACCUUCCUGUCGCUUCCACCUCCACAUCCCCAUCAUCCCACCGCCCUUCCGCUCCGCCAUGAUCCCCUCCGCUCCCUCUUGAAAGACAUUGACCCGCACACAUUCUCUUGCCCGCGGAAAGCAAAGCAUUGGCCCGUGGAUUUUCGCUACCUCCACGCCAGACUCGAGCUACCACCUCUCCGCCGCUGGAUCUCUCAUAUCUACGACCGUCGUCUUCCCGCGAAAUCCUCCUCGAAUCGAUCCCACACAAUCACAUCACCCAUAAUGGCACACGAGCUGGGGUCAGGAACCCCAAUGCUCGUCGACCACAAAGAUGACUGGACCUCCAUCGACCAUGUGUCGGUGUGCAACAUGACUAGCGACCACAUGGCGCCGAUGCCACGCAAGAGGAGGGCAACAUGGAGCAACAUGAACGAAUACGAAAGCAUUGCCGGCGCGCUGCGAAGAUUGUGCAUGGAACACCAACUGGGUCUAUCUCUUAACUUCAUCCUCCUCCUCGGCAUGACACAUGUCGUUUUCCCUUCGCUGCGACCCACCACGAAGGCCUUCUUCGCCUUGUCGUACCCGUCCACUGAAGCACCGGGCUUCUACCUUCAAGGACCGAAAGACAUGUACCUCGUAGCGAGCUGCGUUGUCUACUUCACCGCAUUCCGGGCCUUGAUGCUGGAUUACGUGCUCACACCAUUGGCCGCUGCAUGCGGUAUCGGGAGGAAGAAGGGCCGCGUGCGGUUCGCUGAGCAGUCGUAUAUGCUGCUAUACUACAUUGUGAUAUGGUUUUGGGGACUGGCACUUUUCGUCAAGGAUACACCGACGGAUGUCGACAGCGUGGAAAGUCUGCUCAUCUCCAUGUGGAGGGACUUUCCCAGACUUCUCCUCACGCCUGGGAUGAAGCUCUACUACCUCUCGCAAUUGGCGUUUUGGGUGCAGCAAGUCGUGGUCAUCCACCUGGAAGAGCGAAGAAAAGAUCACUACCAGAUGUUGACACACCAUUUCGUGACCGUGGGAUUGAUGAUGGGAAGUUAUGGAUACCGCCAAUGGCGAGUCGGCAAUGCCAUCUUGGUGUGCAUGGAUAUCGUGGACUUGAUCUUCCCAGCAGCCAAGAUCUUGCGAUAUCUGGGCUUGCAAGCAGCGUGUGAUGCCAUGUUUGGACUGUUCGUCGUCACCUGGUUUGUGGCGCGCCAUGUCUUCUAUCUGGGAAUCUGCUGGAGCAUCUACGCGCACGUCAACUCUGCGGCGAUGCCGUACGGAGUGUACUCGACGAUCACGGGCAGGAUACUUUCCACGGAUGGCGGUGACAAGGUGCUGGAGCACCUUCUUCAGCCGAUCUUGAACCCGCAAGCAAAGACCAUCUCCUUCAAUGCCAACAUUCGAUGGUCAUUCCUAGGUCUUCUUCUCGGAUUGCAAUGCAUCACCCUCGUCUGGCUGAUGAUGAUCAUCCGCGUUGUGAUUCGUGUUUUGCGCGGACAAGGUGCGGACGAUACCCGAAGCGACGAUGAAGACGAGGGCGAAAUCGACGAGAUCGAAGACAAGUGCCAUCCACAACUUCCACACAGCUCGGUGCCGAUCGUCGCCUCGGCGGAAGAUGAGGAGAAGCCGCGAUUUAUUGAAGUGGAGACGACCUCCGAGGAGGCUGCAUGGCCAGCAAGGAAUGGCAGCAGUGGAGGGAAGAGGAAGGCUAGAGGCAUUUCCAGUGGGCUGAAGUUGGGAGAGCACAAAGAGAUUCUUAAUAGGAUUGGAUGCUUGAGCGAGGAACAGCUCGCGAGGGAAAGGGAGAUGAGGCAAGGAAGCAGCAGUCCUGGCUUGCGAUGA